AUGGCGCUGUCGGAGCUGCAGGCGCGGGCGCGGGUGUUCAGUCGAUUAGUGACUGCCGCAAAGACGCACGGCGGCGGGAAGCAGUGCAACUUCGGCGGCGGCUGCGAGAAGUUCGCGCGUGGCCGGAGCGGGCUCUGCGCGGCGCACGGCACGCUGGUGGCCUCGCAGCAGAGCCGCGGCGGCGGCGGCAUGAUCAGUCAGGGCCUCUUCCACGGCAUCGUUCGGUCCGCCAGCUCGGCUAACAUGAAUAGCGACUACUCGUCGUCGGGCGUGAGCACGGUGUCGGACCGCGGCGGCUCGCCUGAGGCGGCGACGAGGAGGCAGGGGAGUUCUGGAGGAGAAGAUGAAGUUUUGGAUUCUAAUUUUGGAGAACCGUCGGAGUUGCAACAUUUUUUUUUUGUCUCCCGAUAUGUUUUGGGAAGGUUGGAAAACUAG